AUGUUCUAAGAAAUAUUCUAAGUGGUUUUUUAGAUUUAUUAAAAUACGGAAUAAUACAUCGAGAUUUAAAACCUGAGAAUAUAUUAAUAUAAACUAAUAAAAAUGAUGUAAAAUAAAAAAUAUUUAAUUAAAUAACAUAUAAAUAAUAAGCCAUAAGUAUCUAUUUAUAAAUUAGCAGAUUUUGGAUUUGCACGUACUGUUGAUAAUUUUAGAAGACAAAUGCUAGAUAGUUUAGUUGGUACUCCUUUAUAUAUGAGUCCGCAAAUUUUAAUGUACGAAAAAUAUACAUCUAAAAGUGAUAUAUGGAGUAUAGGCUUAAUAUUUUAUGAAAUGUUAUAUGGGUGUACACCUUGGGGGGUAACAAAUUAAUAUUAAUUAUUAAAAGAUAUAAAGAAUAUUCCAGUAUAAUUUUAAGUAAAUGGAAUAGUAAAUAUAAGCUAAGAAGCAAUAAAUUUUAUAUACAAAUGCUUAUAAAUAGAGGAGAACAGUAGAAUAAGUUGGGAUGAAAUAUAUAGACAUAAUCUAUUUGGAAAUUAUUUUAGUAAGUUUUUACAAAAGACAUACCAAUUAGAGAACAAAGCAAUGUACUUAAUAAAUAAUUUGAGAUAAAAAAUACAUAAAACAAAUACAGAUUUGAUGGAAUUGUUUUAAAACUUUGAACUUACAGAAGAUUCAAAAUUAAAUAUGAAAUCUUUUGAAUCAUUAAUGAGAUAAAUAGACCCUCAAUUAACAAGAGAAGAAAUCGAAUAUAUUUUUAAUAAAUUUGAUGGAGAUGAAGAUAAUAAAAUUGAUUUUAAUGAAUUCACUAAAUGGCUUAAAAAUAAUAAUAUUCGAAUGUCUACCCAUGAAAAUGCUUAACAAAAAAGAAAAGAUCUUCAAAAAUUUCAAGAUUUGAAUCUUCAAAUAUAACUUCAAGAAGAAGAAGAAAAAAGAAAUUUUUAAAAAAGAUUAGCUGUUUAUGUUGAUUACUAUAAAGUUGAUAUUAAACUGCUUUUUAAUAAAUUUAAUAAUAGUUAGGAUGAAAAUAAGAAACUAUGCUAUUAAGAUUUCAAAUAUCUUGUAUAAAAAACAGCAGAGUUUCUAAGUGACGAAAUUAUUUCCUAAGUUUUUAAAAAAUUUGAUAAAGAUAGAGAUUCUUUUAUUUGUUUUAACGAAUUUAAAGAAACUAUGAAAGAACUUAUUUUAAAGGUUUAAAGUAAUCCUAAUAUUUCUUAGUUUUGA